AAGUUACCGGCGAUAAAAAAUUUGAGUCAUGCAUUUUUGCCAACCCGUUGCAUCAAUUUCAUAUUUGGAAUUGGUGUGUUUGAGUAUCCUUCGGGCAAACCGCGACCCAUAUUAUCAGCCACGUUGGGGAUGAUAAAUAUAAUUUUUUUUCUGUGUUUUAUCGAGCUAGCUAACAUACCAGGAUUAACGGUGCUCAUGGGGUCAAAAAUUGCAGCCCAAAACUGCCGAAUGUUCAUGUAUUUUCAAAUUGGCUUCAUGAUAGUUGUCAUGUCUCUAUCACAGUCUGGUUCAAAGCGUACUAGAAACAGCCUUCGCAAGCUCCAGGAUACGAAUGACCGACUUCUGAUGUUCGGAAUCUCUAGUGAUUAUAAAUUAAUUUUAAAGGAUCAACUUGUCAGAAACAGCAUCGCUUUAAUCUUGGUCGUUACCAUUAUAGUUUUGGAUUUACGUUACACUGCGCUUGACAUACCCAGCAAAUUUGAGCGGGAGAAUCUCCUGAUAUGUGCGCAUCAUUUGUUGAUUUUCGAUUACGUCAUUGACUCCAGCUACAUAAGCGGCAUUAGAUAUUUUCACAACAGAUUCCAACGCCUGAAUUACCACUUAGAAGAAUCGGAUUUGCAGAAAAAUUUUGACACACAGCAUAAUGUGGAGUCGGAAAAUCUAUUUCCCCGCCAUUCCUCGAUAUUAAAUGAAAUCCAUGGCAACUUAAGGAGCUACAAGCUUGCAGACAACAAGUGGCUGCUGCACCUUAUAAGAGAAAUGAGAAAAAUACAUCGAGAUCUUUGCAACAUGGCGAGAGAAUUGCACAAGGGUUCCGAAAUCCUGAUUCUCAUUUCAGUAACAUUAUCUUUCUGCAUAACAGUCGGACUACUCUACGUAUCUUACUGCGUUGCCGUAACUUCAAUUACAUUCUACGAUGUGAUGGGUGGCAUAACCUGUUUUUUGUGGGCCGCAUUUUACAGCUUCAAAAUUUUUCUCAUCGUUGAUAGCUGCGCAAAAACGAGCAACGAGGCUAUGCGGACUGGAGUAUUGAUUCAGGAAUUACUAGACCCAAUGGAAAUCCACAAUGGAAAUAUACGGGAUGAGAUCAACAUCUUUACUCUUCAGCUGCUGCAAAAUCCCCUCUGCUUUACAGCGAAUGGCUUCUUCGUACUGGAUUAUCAGCUGAUUCGUGGUAUCAUCGGGUCAGUGACCACUUUUCUUGUCAUUUUAAUUCAAAUGGGAAGUAUUUAUGAUCGCAAGACUCUCGACGUUGCAGACAUACAACAAAAGUAACUAGGGUUGAGAAAACGGCUUCAUCGCGUAAUUAAAUAAGAGAACUAGUUCAUCAAAAGGCUUAUCAUUCACCGGAUCAUGUCAUGAAAAUGUUGAAUGAGCAGUUUAAGAUAUGGCGAAUCAGCUUAUGCAAUUAAGGACACAUUUUAGCGAAAUACGUCUGCAUCUCAGGAAUUAAGAAUGCAAUUAAACCCGUUCAGUCACAGUGGAAUGCUCAGCGUUCCCCCCUCACAAAUUUCCAUGUCCUAGCCUUAUCACAGUUUAUUUAUAACUUCAAAUGAUCUUUGUUACUUCGUACAACCCCAAAAACCCCCGGGGUAACAAGUUUCGGCCAGAAGCAUCAAAUUAUGAUAGUUUUUUUGAAUUUACAUCCGCCAUAUUGGAUCCGCCACCUUGGAUUUAGAAACUAUCAAAUUAGAACUUCAGAUUCGUGAUCAGCCACAAAAAAAACCCUAACAAUACCGCGGGGAUAAUGACUUGUUAGAUUGACACAUAUUCUAAGGUUAGAUUCGACGGUCAUGGGU